GCGGCAGCGCUGCUGGGAAAUAAACAAGGACGUGGUCGGGGUUGGGGACUAUUUUUUCCCUCCUCGAUCCUCUCUCGGUCCUGCACCGACCGCUUCUCAACCCAGCAAGUUUCCCGAAGAUAUGUCGGUUUCGGAUUGGGCUGUCUAUUGUAAGUCUGAUGAGUGAGAGUGCCGGCAGCCCGCUCCUCCACCGCGAUGGUCGACAUGGAGAGCCACUACCAUCCCCCUUCGCCCCUGGAGGACUCGGUGCUAGGCAGCCCCCUGUGCGGAGAUGACGAAUUCAUGGGCGGCAUGGAGGAGAUCCAGGACUUCUCUCAGUCCAUUAACAAUGACGCCCUCAGCUCCUUUGAUGUCCCCGAAUACCAGUCCUCCAGCAAUGGCUCUGAAGGUUCCACUGUUCUAGAUGCCCUGACGCCAGCAUCCAGCCCGUCGUCGGUUGUCUACGGGUUCGCAGCGGGCCAGGAGGAGUUCUCAUCUGCCUCCUCUUCGCUUAAUCUGGAGUGUCGAGUUUGUGCUGACCGCGCCUCGGGCUACCACUAUGGAGUCCACGCCUGCGAGGGCUGCAAGGGUUUUUUCCGACGGACCAUCCGUCUGAAGCUGGAGUAUGACAAGUGUGAGCGUCGCUGCAAGAUCCAAAAAAAGAACCGCAACAAGUGCCAAUACUGCCGCUUCCAGAAGUGCCUGUCAGUGGGCAUGUCCCACAACGCCAUCCGGUUUGGUCGGAUGCCCCAGUCAGAGAAGUUAAAGCUGAAGGCGGAGAUGGUAACAGGGGACAGGGAGGUGGAAGACCCACAGGUGGCCGACCAGAAGACGCUGGCCCGGCAGAUUUACGAGGCCUACCUCAAGAACUUCAACAUGAACAAGGCCAAGGCUCGAACCAUUCUCACCGGCAAGACCAGCACCCCUCCUUUCGUCAUCCAUGACAUGGAGACCCUCCAGCUGGCAGAGCAGACGCUGGUGGCAAAGAUGGUGGGCUCAGCGGGACCGCCGAAGGACAGGGAGGCAGAAGUUCGGAUUUUCCACUGCUGCCAGUGCACGUCGGUGGAAACCGUCACCGAGCUCACGGAGUUUGCAAAGUCCGUCCCCGGGUUCUCGAGCCUGGACCUCAAUGAUCAGGUGACUCUUUUGAAAUAUGGCGUGUACGAGGCCCUCUUCGCCAUGCUCGCCUCCAGUAUGAACAAGGAUGGGCUUCUCGUAGCUUACGGUUCAGGCUUCAUCACCCGGGAAUUCCUCAAGAGCCUGCGGAGGCCCUUCAGUGAUAUGAUGGAGCCAAAAUUCCAGUUUGCAAUGAAGUUUAACGGCAUGGAGCUGGAUGAUAGCGACCUGGCUCUGUUUGUGGCCGUUAUCAUCUGCUGUGGAGACCGCCCAGGCCUGGUGAAUGUGACGCACAUCGAGCGAAUGCAGGAAAGCAUUGUGCAGGUGCUACAGCUCCACCUGCUGGCCAAUCACCCCGACGACGCUUUCCUUUUCCCCAAGAUGCUGCAGAAACUGGCUGACCUCCGGCAGCUGGUCACUGAGCACGCUCAGCUGGUGCAGGAGAUCAAAAGACAGAGGACACCUCACUGCACCCACCUCCUGCAGGAGAUCUACAGAGACAUGUACUGA